GUGAGAGUGUUGUCACUCAGCAUAGGAUGCUUGUGCUUGACUUUCGAGGUAAGAACCAUAGAAGACAAGUUAAACAACAAGUGGAGCCAAAGAUAAAGUGGUGGAGGCUAGAGGGAGAUCUUCAACAAAGCUUUACACACAAAAUGGUCGGUGAAGAUGUAUGGCGUAUUGAUAAUGAAACACAGGUGGAUGAUGUGUGGUUAUCAAUGGAGUUGACCAUUAACAAAGUGGCAAAGGAGGUACUAGGAGAAUCUAAAGGAUGUCGGCCACCUAAAAAGGACACAUCUUGGUGGAAUGAUGAGGUGAAACAAGCCAUAAGGAACAAAAGAGAUUGCUACAAAGAGUUGGGGACAAAUUGGAGUGAUGAGAACAUAGAAGCAUACAAGGAGGCUAAAAGACAAGCAAAGAAAGCCGUAAGGGAAGCACGAGGGAAAGUGAACAAGGAGUUGUAUGAAAAGUUGGACUCUAAGGAAGGAGAACUAGAUAUUUAUAGACUUGCUCGUCUUCGUGAUCGCAGAACUCAAGAUAUUGCAAAAGUUAAGUGUGUGAAGGAUGUUGAUCAGAGGAUAUUAAUGGACGACGGAGAGAUAAAAGAGAGGUGGAGGUCAUACUUUGAUACACUAUUCAACGGGAACAAAACGCAAGAUAUCGGCGAUUUGUCCAUACCAGAUUGUAUGGUAAACCGUGAUUUUGUGAGAAGGAUCCAAACAAUGGAAGUUAAAGAAGCUCUGAGGAAGAUGGGACGGAAAAGAGCAAUGGGGCCAGAUGGCAUACCGAUCGAGGCUUGGAGAAGUUUGGGAGAGAGAGGCGUCGAGUGGCUAACAAGUUUCUUCAACAUGAUUUGGAGAAACAACAAGAUGCCAACGAGUUGGAGGAAGAGUACUCUUAUCCCUUUAUUUAAGAAUAAAGGUGAUGUACAAGAAUGUGCCAACUAUCGAGGGAUUAAGCUUAUGAGUCACACCAUGAAACUUUGGGAGCGAGUGAUUGAGCAAAGACUUCGAAGGACUGUGAAGAUUUCAGAGAAUCAAUUCGGUUUUAUGCCCGGUCGCUCAACAACUGAGGCUAUUCACCUUCUUCGUCAACUUAUGGACACUACAACAAAAUAGACCUUUUGUAACACCUAUAAAAUGUUGCAUUACAUAGUUAAAAUGUUACAAAAAGCUUAAGCAACACUUUUAGGAGCGUUACUUCAGAUCCCGUUGCAUAAAGUCAUAUGCAACACUUUUCACUAUAUUAUGCAAUAUUUAAUAAAGAUGUUGCAUAAACUACACUAAUGUAACACUUUUAGACGAGGGAUUAAACACCAUCUUACGCAACACGUAUUUGCAUAAAAUGCAACACUUAUAAUAUGACUUUUUG